AUGUCAUCUACUCAAGAUACUUCCCCUGCGAAGGAUGUUGAUACAACAUGCGAAACCCAAUGUUUCGAACAAUCCGAUUUUACAUCGAAGACUUCUGAAGCGGUAAACCAGCUCUCUGAACAGCACCAGACAUACUUGCUUCAGCGACAUGGCACAUUAGACCUCGAUCCACUCCCUAGCAUGAAUCCAGCUGAUCCGUACAACUGGUCAACUAGAAAGAAAGUUAUGAACCUAAUCCUCGUCGCCUUCCAUGGGUUUACAGGAGCCUUUACUGCCACCAGCAUCAUCUGCGCAUAUCAAGAAGUUGCAAAGGACCUCGGAGUAUCACUGCAAACCAUUAGCUAUCUCACCUCCAUUCAGAUCGCUAUUCUAGGAGGAGCUCCUCUUCUCUGGAAACCCUUAUCGCAUCGGUUUGGACGACGCCCAAUCUUCCUUUUAUCCCUUCUGUUUAGCUGUGUGUUCAAUAUUGGAUGUGCAAAAAGCCCUAAUUACAGCUCUAUGGCUGUCUGUCGAGCAUUCGCAGGGCUUUUUAUCUGCCCGGCUAUAGCAAUUGGCACCGCUGUCGUGAUGGAAACAUUCUUCAAACACGAGCGCGGUAGGUAUAUGGGAGUUUGGGCAUUGUUGGUCUCGUUGGGAGUUCCAUUUGGGCCUCUGAUCUUUGGGUUUGUUGCACAACGGGUAGGAUACCGGUGGAUAUAUUGGACUCUGGCAAUUAUCAACGGAGUGCAAUUAAUUCUCUACAUCUUCUUUGGCCCUGAGACACGAUAUAUCGGCAUGGAUGAAAAUUCAAAAUCAUCAACCUUCAAACGGGAAUACCUCUCGUUCCGACGCAUCGACCCAACACCCUUGACGCUGGGUGAAUUUCUCCACCCCCUGACCCUCUUUACCAAAAUCCCAGCCUUGGUCGCCGGCAUGACUUACAGCAUGGUGUUUCUCUUUGCAUUGGUGAUGAACUCUGUCGAAGUGCCCCAGCUGUUACAGAGAAAAUUCGAGCUUGAUCCCCAGCAGCUAGGCCUGCAAUUUAUCAGUCUGGUUAUUGGCUGUGUUUUAGGCGAACAGCUUGGCGGUGUCAUGUCCGAUAUAUGGAUGAAUACUCGUGCACGGCGCAUCAAGGUCAAGCCCGAGCCGGAAUACCGCCUGUGGCUAAGCUACAUCGGGUUUCUAUUGACAACUUGCGGCAUGGCUGUGUUUUUGGUUUGCACGGACCAGGCUACUACAGGAAAAUGGACUGUGAAGCCACUCAUAGGAGUAUGCAUUGCCGCAUUUGGGUGCCAGGUUGUGACGACCGUGAUGUUUACAUACGCGGUGGAUAGGUACUCACAGGAUGCUGGGAGCGUGGGUGUCUUCAUCAACUUUCUUCGAUGUGUUUUUGGAUUUGUUGGACCCUUCUGGUUUCCGCCCAUGUUUGAGAACAUCGGUGUUGCGACUAGUUCAGCAGUGGUCGCAGCCUUAAUUGUCGCCGUUAGCAUAAUUCCGACGGCGUUGAUGCACUGGCAGGGAAGAAAGCAGCAUGGUCUUCACCAUUCCGGUGAAAUUUGA